AUCCCCUGUAUCUGCUUUUUGUACCUUGUGUGAGAUCUAUUGCCUACCUUACGUUGUAGAGCACUCUAUUUGUGAUUUAUGAACUGAAGUUGAGGAAAUUGUGUAUGUCUCCCUGCAUUCAGGGAUUAAAUUACUUAAUUUGAUAUGAUGAUUAUUGAAUAAUGCUUAUGCAGGAGAUAAUAUCAAUAUAUCGUUCUCUUUCGUCACCAACCCUUACACUGGGAGCAUCCAACCGAGUUUGUAAUGCACUUGCUCUACUUCAGUGUGUAGCUUCUCAUUCAGAGACAAGGACAUUGUUCCUAAAUGCCCAUAUACCUGUGUAUCUUUACCCUUUCCUCAGUACAGAAGAUACGACAAGACCAUUGGAAUAUCUGAGACUUACCAGCCUGGGUGUUAUUGGUGCCCUUGUAAAGGUUGAUGAUACAGAAGUUAUCAGCUUCCUUCUCUCUACGGAAAUAAUCCCUAAGUGCCUGUGCGCAAUGAAGUUUGGUAGUGAGCUUUCAAAAACAGUUACUAUGUAUGGAUAA